GGCUGCUCGGUCGCAGCGCGCAAGCCUCCGGGAUCAUCGCAUUGUUCGCCCAUUGAUUUCGUCCCCUCCCUGUGAAGUCGAAGCGACACGGCGGAUCUCUCCGUCCCCCCCCCCCCCACCACCACCCCGUUCUUCCUCGUAUUUCCCCUGCAUGUCCUUACCGUGGGAAUCUACUGCGAGCGAGCCAGUCCGGUGAUGCGCCCGAGCAUGUUCGCAUCAGAGGCGGAUUUACCUGAGAGUACGCUGCCCUCGCUCCCCUCCAAGCACACGCAUUUGGACUUCACCGGCUGUCACUGAGGAGGGAAAAGAAAGGAAACGCACCCGACUGCAAGGAUGGGGUUCUACGGCACUUUAAAGAUGAUUUUCUACAAAAUGAAGAGAAAGUUGGACCCUGGCCAUGAAGAGAAAGUUGGACCCUGGCCCAGAGGUCCGAUCUUUCCCUUCAGGAAAAAAGCCCUGCAAAGGCCCCGAAUACACGAGCCCGACAGGAAUCGUCCCGUGUCCCGCCACACCCACCACCUUCGGCCACAUCAGAACGGCCAACGGUCAGGGCCAACAGAGACGGCGAAUCACCUCAAUCCAGCCACCUACGGGUCUCCAGGAAUGGCUCCGAACAUUUCAGAGCUGGACCGGCCCAGAAAAGCUGCUGGCGCUGGAUGAGCUGAUCGACAGCUGUGAGCCCACACAAGUCAAGCAUAUGAUGCAGGUGAUCGAGCCGCAGUUUCAGCGCGACUUCAUCUCCCUGCUGCCCAAAGAGCUGGCUUUGUACGUACUUUCAUUCCUGGAACCGAAGGACCUCCUCCAAGCGGCGCAGACGUGCCGCUACUGGCGCAUCCUGGCAGAGGACAACCUGCUGUGGAGAGAGAAAUGCAGGGAAGAGGGUAUUGAUGAGCCUCUACCCCCUCGCAAAAGGAAAAUUGCCAAGCCGGGCUUCACUCACAGCCCCUGGAAGAGCGCCUACAUCAGGCAGCACAGGAUAGACACCAACUGGAGGAGAGGGGACCUCAAAUCACCCAAGGUGCUGAAGGGACACGACGACCAUGUGAUCACCUGCCUCCAGUUCUGUGGCAACCGCAUCGUCAGCGGCUCCGACGACAACACGCUGAAGGUCUGGUCGGCCAUAACAGGAAAGUGUCUGCGGACGUUGGUGGGCCACACCGGGGGCGUGUGGUCGUCCCAGAUGCGCGACAGCAUCAUCAUCAGCGGCUCCACCGAUCGCACGCUCAAGGUCUGGAAUGCAGAGACGGGAGAAUGUAUCCACACCCUCUACGGGCAUACCUCAACAGUACGCUGCAUGCACCUACAUGAAAAAAGGGUUGUCAGUGGCUCUCGUGAUGCCACGCUUCGUGUCUGGGACAUCGAGACGGGUCAGUGUUUACACGUCCUCAUGGGCCACGUGGCGGCGGUGCGCUGCGUCCAGUACGACGGGCGGCGGGUGGUCAGCGGUGCCUACGACUUCAUGGUCAAAGUGUGGGACCCAGAGACGGAAACCUGCCUCCACACGCUGCAGGGCCACACCAACAGAGUGUACUCCUUACAGUUUGACGGGAUCCACGUCGUGAGCGGCUCUCUGGAUACGUCUAUAAGGGUCUGGGACGUGGAGACGGGGAACUGCAUUCACACGCUCACGGGCCAUCAGUCCCUCACCAGCGGCAUGGAGCUGAAGGACAACAUACUCGUCUCAGGCAACGCAGACUCCACGGUCAAGAUCUGGGACAUCAAGACGGGCCAGUGUCUCCAAACACUGCAAGGGCCCCACAAGCACCAGAGCGCCGUGACGUGCCUCCAGUUCAACAAGAACUUUGUCAUCACCAGCUCCGACGACGGCACGGUGAAGCUGUGGGACCUGAAGACGGGCGAGUUCAUCCGCAACCUGGUGACGCUGGAGAGCGGCGGCAGCGGCGGCGUGGUGUGGCGCAUCCGAGCGUCAAACACCAAGCUGGUGUGCGCCGUGGGCAGCCGCAACGGGACGGAGGAGACCAAGCUGCUGGUGCUGGACUUUGACGUGGACAUGAAGUGAGAGGAUGAGGGGGGGGGACACACGCUGAGGAAGGACGGAGAGAAGAGAGGGGGUGGGGGGGGAGGAGAGGCGGCGCCUGGAAACCAGAGAGCCAACACCCAAAACUCUUCACCUAGACUCACAGACGUCUACAAUCACAAACGGCGGGCUGUGCCGUCCUCUGUCAUCGCCCACGUCUCCCGUUUCGGGUUCAUGUUACUGACAAACACAACGUUCCUCAAGUGUCCCGCCCUCUUCCUCUUCCCGCCCUCUUCCUCCUCCCGCCUGCGUAAGGCGAGGCGUGGCGGCGUCGGGGCCGGGAGAAAAGCAACGGGCGGACUCCCCUGAAGCAGCUCUCCCGCUCGCUUUCGCUCCAGUCUGACAGAUUUUGAGAUGUACAGAGAUAUAUUAUUUUUUAAAGACCCAUCCCUCCUAUCAGAGCGCGCCCACACACACAGACACACACACACACACACACACACACACACACAUGCGAGCGCGUCCUACGGCCAGCCAGGAAGUGGGCGAGGGUGGAAGACUGCGGAGGUUACUCUCCACACACAGUUGGUCCCAAAGAGAAGGGAAGCCCGCAACCCGGGGCUCGUUUCACUGUCGCUCGGCUUCCGUUCCCAUUGUUCUCGGUUUCUGUAGUUUUGAUUUCUCCACACAAACACAACUGUGAAUUUCAGUACCUGAAGUUUUUUUGUUUGUUUGUUGUUUUUGUUUUUUUGUUUUUUCUGCUUCAUGCAAAAUCUCAGUAUUAGACGCCCAUCCUGUUCACACAUGCUGUCUUUGUCACAGGUUUUUGUUACCCAGUAUAUGUCGGCUUGUCUCCACAUGUACGUCAGUGCUGUCCAGCUCUGGUGGUUUCCUCAGAAGCCAACAGAAAGACCCCCCCCCCCCCUCCCUCACCCCCCCAUCCACCCCCCCGAGUGGCCAAACUGAAUUUAAUGCUGCUAGAGGAACCGAAACCAGAGAGGUGGAGCUUCUACUUGCUGUGACGUUUUAGUCCACAGGCGAAAUUCCUAAUCGGACUCUAUAUGUUUGGACUUUAAAGAAAACGCGACACAUGAUUACCAUCCAACCUUCUCUGUUUGUUUUUUGUUGUUCUUUCUGUUUUGUUUUUUUUUUUCGCCACUGAAACUUGAGCCAAACGUGCCUCUACGUUUGAGGCUGCGAGGAGGGAAGCGCGUCCGGCGGAAACUGACAGGAUCGUCUUUGGAGAGGAAAACGAGGGGGGGGGGGGGGGGGGGGGGGGGGGGGGGGGGUUGUAACACUGUUGGAGUGCGUGUGUUGUGGUUGCACGAGUGCGUGUGUUCACAUGCGUGUUAGCGGGGCAACUUGUUAAACACAUUCCUCGGGACGAAGCUUUUCCAGCCUGUUCUUUGGGAAAAUAAAAUGUACAAAUGCUGCGCGGACUGGCUUAAAAAAAAAAAGACAAGAAGAGGUUAAAAAAAAUAAUAAAUCAAACUAGCAGAUGUAUCGAUUUUAACGCGCGAAUGAGAGAGCGGUCCGUAUCUGUGCGUGAGUGUGAGAGUGACUGUGUUUUCGUUAUUUUUUUUUAUUUUUUUUUGUUUUUUUUUUUGUUGUUUUUCCCCCAUUCAGAGGUGUCUGAAGCAACAGAGGAGACCACCACAAGCAUCAACUGACAGGUCGGGCUGCAGAGCGUCUUAGCGUUACAUGGAAAACCCCUGCAGCCGUCAGCCGGCGACAAACACGGACAGAAACCUUGUAGCCGUCUCAAAAAUCCCAGGACUCACAACUCGAGCUGAACUGUGAAAGUGGUAUAACACUGUAUAUUAAAAAAAAAAAAUAAGAGAAAGAAAACAAUCUCUCUCUCU